CUCCCCUUCCAGCCUCCUCGAGCUCUGACCCCGCAACGCCCCGCACACCCACGAGGCAGUGUGCAAGGCGGCAAGGACCGGUGACCAGAGAGCGGGGUUUGUUGGGGCCUUGUAAGCUCAAGGAGGAGGGGGGGAAGCGGUGAAGGAAAGCCCCUUGCCUGCCACUUGCCCAACAGGACUGCAGCUUGAGUCUAGUGACUUGGAAGCAUCCCAAAACCAAAAGCCUUAUGAAGCAGCUGCGUGGGAAUAAAGGCGGGGGCAAUGCCAGAAAGAAGAGUUCCCCCUCUGGUAAGGACAGCAGGAAUCCAGCAUUACAGACGUCCGAGGACAGCAGGCCGCUCAACAUCCUAAAUCCGAAACUGUUGGCUCAGAAGCGACCUCUGCAAGGUUUGAGCAGUAUGGGAGGCAGCACCGCAGGGAGUCCCGAAGAUGCCAAAAGACCAAAGCUCUUGCCUGAAGUGAAUUCUCCUGGCCAGGAAUCUGAAGACGAGGAGUCAGAUGAGAGUGAAUAUGAGAGAGAAGAGAAUGAGAGUGAUGACAGUGAUUAUACAAACAGUGAAGACGACGAUGACGACGAAACUGGCAGCGAUGCCUCAGAAAGCAGUGACAAAGGCCCUGAAGAAACAACAAGCCAGCCUUCUUCAAAGACUGAUUUAACAAAAGAAUGGUCUUCGUUGUCUUUCGAGGAGCUGCUGCAGUUGAGAAAUCGAGUUGGGACCAAGGCUUAUCAGCAGAUGACUGCUGGGAAAAGGGCAGUAAAUGUCACAAAACCAGAGAAGAGGCAGCAUCCAAACAAGCACGGACCUCUGGAAAUUUCAGCCAAGAAGCCGGUCCCCUAUCUAAGACGAGUUGUGCCUGUUAAAAAGAAGGUACCUCGAGAUCCUCGCUUUGAUGACCUCUCUGGGGAGUAUAAGCCAGAAAUCUUUGAAAAGACGUAUGGUUUCAUGAACGACCUCAGGAAAAAGGAGAAAGAGGUAGUUCAGAAGCACCUGAAGAAAAGCCGAAAUGUGGAGCAGCAAACCAAGUUGCAGCAGCUCCUCAAGCAAAUGACUCAGCAGGAAGAGAUACAGAGGAAGCAACAGAAGGAGAGAGAAAAGGAGCUGGCCUUGAAGAGGCAGCUGAGGGAGCUGGCCCAGCAAGGAAAGAAGCCCUUCUAUCUAAAGAAGUCCGAUAAGCGGAAAUUGGAACUGGCUGAGAAGUACAAAGAGCUGAAGAGGAGUGGGAAGCUGGAGGGCUUCCUGAGCAAGAAGAGGAAAAGGAAUGCCGCCAAGGACAAAAGGAGGCUGCCUUUUAGGAAGGAUGUGUAAUAUUUGGCUAUAUUUGUGACACGCCAUUUUACAGGUGCAAAUCUCCUGCUGCAAAUCAGCUAUCGACUCUGGCCAGCAAGGUCAACAGUCCCAAGUUUUCUAUGCCCCUAAUGCCAGGGGCAUUCCGGUCCUCUGAACAAGCAAGA